AUGGGUGGGCUGAUCAUGAUUGGGGAGAUUCAGGAGCAAUUGCAGAAGUGUCCCACUAAUGAGAUUCUAAGAAGUUCUGAAGCUGUGAAGUUAAGAGAAUUAUGUGAUGUGAAAAAGCAUUAUUUUUCUGAGCUCAGACAGAGGGAAAAGAUUAACUGGCUGCAAGUGGGGGAUGAUAAUACUGCCUUUUUACACAGAAGUAUUAAGCUGAAAGCUUUUAAAAAAAAGAUAGUAGCUGAGAAGAAUGAGAUGGGAGAGGUGUGUGAUAAUCCAGAAAGUAUUGUUAAAGGCUUUGUGGAUUAUUACAAAAGACUAUUGGGAACUGAUGUUGGGGAUAGGGUAGCAGUUAAUGUUGAUGUGGUUAAAAAAGGGUGUAUGCUUACAGAGGAGGAAGUAAAGAUUAUUGAACUUCCCUUUACCAAGAAUGAGAUUAAAGCAGCUUUAUUUUCAAUCCCUGAGGAUAAAGCUCCAGGUCCUGAUGGGUAUUCUAGUUGCUUCUUCAAGAAAGCUUGGGGGAUAGUUGGGCAGGAGUUUUCUGCAGCAGUAUUGGAUUUCUUUGAGAAUGGCAAGUUGCUUAAAGAAGUUAAUUGUACUACUCUUUCCUUGAUCCCCAAGAUUGAGCAGCUUGAGUCAGUGAUUGAUUUUAGACCCAUUGCAUGUUGCAAUGUGGUUUAUAAGUGCAUUACUAAACUCCUGUGCUUGAGGUUAAAGGUGGUCCUUCCUGAUCUUAUUUCUCAGUCUCAAACUGGGUUUGUGGAAAACAGACAGAUCAUUCAUAAUAUUAGUAUAAUUCAGGACUUGGUGUCUCAUUAUGGUAGGAAAAAUGCUCCUAGUAGUUGUCUAUUGAAAGUUGAUAUCAAGAAAGCUUAUGAUUCAGUCAAAUGGGAGUUUCUUGAGGAAAUGCUUAUAGCUUUUGGCUUCCCUGGAAAGUUUGUCAAAAAGGGUGAUAAACAGUCUGUCUCUUUGCUUUUGAGAAGUUUAGCUACUUUUGCUGCUUCUUUAGGAUUGGUUGCUAAUAGUGGUAAAUCUAAUCUUUAUUGCUGCAACAUUAGUCCUGCUGUGAAGAAAGAGUUAAUUGAGGAAUCUGGGUUUAAAGAAGAUUUUCUGCCUUUUAAGUAUCUUGGAGUUAGUGUUAGCUUCAAGAAAUUGAAUAAGACAGACUGUCAAUGUCUUAUUGAUAAAAUUACAGCUAGGAUUAAAUCUUUGGGGUCUAGAACUCUCUCUUAUGCAGGAAGAGCUCAGCUGGUUAACUUUGUCUUGAUAACUCAGCUGGAUGGGAUUGUCUCAGUCUGCAGAAACUUUCUUUGGGAUGGGAAGGCUGUUUCUAAUAGGGUUCCUCCCAUUGCUUGGGAUUUUGUGUGUAGAAGUAAGAAGCAAGGUGGGCUUGAGAGAAGUUGGAAAAGGGUUACUUGUUCUAAUUCUGCUAGUUGGAGCUGGAAGCAGUUUUGGAAGCUGAAGGAAAAGUUCAAAGCUGGAUAUUCUGGAAGCAAGUGGUUAGCUACUAGAAAAGAUUACAUAGUUGCUAGUGGUUAUAAUUGGUUGAAAGAAGAGCGGCAAAAUGUGCCUUGGUGUAAUUGGGUUUGA